AUGGCGGACUACGAUCUCACCACAAAAAUUGCUCACUUUUUGGACCGUCAUCUUGUGUUCCCUUUGCUGGAGUUUCUCUCAGUUAAAGAGAUCUACAAUGAGCAAGAACUUCUUCAUGGCAAGUUGGAUCUUCUCAGUGAGACAAACAUGGUUGACUUUGCCAUGGAUGUCCACAAGAGCCUUUUCCCUGACAAGGAAAUACCACACACCCUGAGGGAAAAAAGGACUGAAGUGGUGGCCCAACUCAAACAACUCCAGUCUGAGACGGAGCCUAUUGUGAAAAUGUUUGAAGACCAAGAAACAAUGAAGCAGAUGCAAUCUACCAGAGAUGGAAGAAUGCUCUUUGAGUAUUUGGCUGAAAAGCAUAACUUUCGUCAGGAGUACUUGGAUACACUCUACAGAUAUGCCAAGUUUCAGUAUGAAUGUGGAAACUACUCUGGAGCAGCUGAAUACCUUUACUUUUUUCGUGUAUUGGUUCCUGUUACAGACCGAAAUGCCCUGAGUUCUCUUUGGGGCAAGCUGGCCUCUGAGAUUUUAAUGCAGAACUGGGAUUCAGCGAUGGAGGACCUCACUCGUCUGAGGGAGACGAUCGACAACAAUACGGUCAGCUCUCCUCUCCAGUCUCUGCAGCAGAGGACAUGGCUAAUCCACUGGUCUCUCUUUGUUUUUUUCAACCAUCCCAAGGGCAGAGACAAUAUCAUUGAGCUAUUUCUCUAUCAACCCCAAUACCUGAAUGCCAUUCAGACCAUGUGCCCCCACAUCUUGCGUUACCUAACCACAGCAGUCAUCACUAACAAGGAUGUCCGUAAGCGUCGGCAGGUUCUGAAGGAUCUGGUGAAAGUCAUACAGCAGGAAUCCUACACUUACAAAGAUCCAAUUACAGAGUUUGUGGAGUGCCUCUACGUGAAUUUUGAUUUUGAUAGUGCUCAGAAGAAACUUCGGGAGUGUGAGUCUGUUCUGGUGAAUGACUUCUUCUUGGUUGCCUGCCUGGAGGACUUCAUUGAAAAUGCCAGACUUUUCAUUUUUGAGACCUUCUGCAGAAUUCACCAGUGCAUUAGCAUCAGUAUGCUGGCGGACAAGCUGAACAUGACACCUGAAGAAGCUGAGAGAUGGAUCGUAAACCUGAUUCGUAAUGCCAGAUUGGAUGCCAAGAUUGACUCCAAACUUGGCCAUGUGGUUAUGGGAAACAAUGCCGUAUCACCUUACCAGCAAGUGAUUGAGAAGACUAAAAGCCUUUCCUUCCGAAGCCAAAUGUUGGCUAUGAACAUUGAGAAGAAGCAGGCCCACAACAACAGGAACGAGACUCCUAACUGGGCAGGCCAGGAUGCAGCGCUGCCGAAAAAAAGCAAGUUUGUCCCGUACGUAGAAGGGAUGCUGUACGUCUCCGAGCUGCACUUGCCCUCCGAAGGAACAGGGAAACUGGAGGUGGACAUCCAAAAGUCUGUCCAAGCCACACGACCUGCACUCGAACCUUCCUCGUUUCUUGACUGGAGUCCGAACACCGACCCCACCGUCCAGAUGCAGUUUCGACUCUUCUCUUUUGCCCUGAUCGUUUUGAACUGUAUGGAGUACAGCAGCUGUCAGGCGCCCUCGCACCGCUGGAGGAGAAACAAAAGAGCGAGCUAUGGAGCGUAUCCAAUCUGUAAAGGCUGCUCGGUGUGCUCCAGAGACAACGGUUGUGUAAACUGCCAGCCCAAACUCUUCCUGUUCCUGCGUCGUGAGAGGAUGAGACAGUAUGGGGAGUGUCUGCAGCACUGUCCAGCCGGAUACUACGGCAUGAGGACCCCAGAUGUUAACAUGUGCUCAAGGUGCAGGAUCGAGAACUGUGAGUCCUGCUUCAGUAAAGACUUUUGCACCAAGUGUAAAGCUGGUUUUUACCUGCACAAAGCCCGCUGCCAUGAAAAGUGCCCUGAGGGUUUCGCUCCGCUGGAGGACACCAUGGAGUGUGGAGAAGGCUGUGAGGUGGGCCACUGGAGCGAAUGGGGAGCAUGCACCAGGAGAAACAAAACCUGCGGAUACAAGUGGGGUCUGGAGACACGGACACGGCACAUUGUAAAGAAACCGCCCAAGGACACAAUACCCUGCCCCACCAUCGCAGAGUCCCGAAUGUGCAAAAUGUCUAUGCGGCACUGCAGAAGAGGGGGCUCGGGGAAGCACCCAUCCAAAGAGGAAAAGAAGAAGAAGAAGAAGCAGCGGCUGCGAUUUCGGGCUCACAACCAACACACUGACCACCUGGCUGCUGUCCGCUCUAACGCAGUGACCAUUCAGGUGACCUUCGCCCAAAGCCCUCCCCCUGCUCCAUCACCUCGACAUGGGCCUUUUACGUUGUCGCUAACCGUCCAAGAGUGA